AUGAGCUCCACGCAGUUCAACAAGGGGCCCUCGUACGGGCUCUCGGCCGAGGUCAAGAACCGGCUGCAGUCCAAAUAUGACCCUCAGAAGGAGGCGGAACUCCGGAGCUGGAUUGAGGGACUCACUGGCCUCUCCAUUGGCCCAGACUUCCAGAAGGGUCUGAAGGAUGGGAUCAUAUUGUGCACACUCAUGAACAAACUGCAGCCAGGCUCAAUCCCUAAGAUCAACCGCUCCAUGCAGAACUGGCACCAGCUAGAAAACCUCUCCAACUUCAUCAAGGCCAUGGUGAGCUACGGCAUGAAUCCUGUCGACCUGUUCGAGGCUAACGACCUGUUUGAAAGUGGAAACUUGACUCAGGUGCAGGUGUCUCUUCUUGCCCUGGCUGGGAAGGCCAAGACAAAGGGGUUACAGAGUGGUGUGGACAUUGGCGUCAAAUACUCGGAGAAGCAGGAGCGAAACUUUGAUGAUGCCACUAUGAAGGCGGGCCAGUGCGUCAUUGGGCUCCAGAUGGGCACCAACAAAUGUGCCAGCCAGUCCGGCAUGACAGCUUAUGGUACCAGACGGCAUCUGUAUGACCCCAAAAACCAUAUCCUGCCCCCCAUGGACCACUCGACCAUCAGCCUCCAGAUGGGCACAAACAAGUGUGCCAGCCAGGUGGGCAUGACGGCUCCAGGGACCCGGCGGCACAUUUACGACACAAAGUUGGGGACAGACAAAUGUGAUAAUUCCUCUAUGUCCCUGCAGAUGGGCUACACACAGGGUGCCAACCAGAGUGGUCAGGUGUUUGGCCUGGGCCGGCAGAUAUACGACCCCAAGUACUGCCCUCAAGGCCCAGUGGCCGAUGGGGCUCCAGCAGCUGCUGGAGAUGGCCCAGGCCCAGGGGAGCCCUCAGAGUGCCCUCCCUACUACCAGGAGGAGGCAGGCUACUGA